UCGAGAAGCCAGGAGUGUAUAUGCUCCUGUGUGAAAUAUAAAAAAAAGAAUGGUUUUGACAAUGUUUUGGUCAUCGUGGACACCUUCUCCAAGACAUGCAAGCUGACAGCCUGUCACAUCACUAUCAACAAUGAAGAGACAGCAUUGAUCAUUUUCAACAAGGUUGUGUCACAGUUUGGCAUUCCUGUCAAGAUGAUCUCAGAUCGAGAUAGCAAGUUCACAGCAGAGAUCUAUCAAUCGAUAUUCAAACAAUUGGGUACACAUCUCAACAUGUCAACAAGCGGACAUGCAGCCACAGACGGUCAGUCCGAGAUCACCAAUCGUUCACUCAAGAACAGAAUCAAGAAGACACUCGAGGACAUCGAGAGAUGGGACGAACAUCUUUCAGCACUGGAGUUUGCAAUGAACACCACAGUAUCGUCAUCAACGGCAAUGACACCAUUCAAAGCAUUGUAUGGCUUUGAUCCAAGAACACCACUCAACUUUGGCAUCAAGAGCGAUGGCAUGUCAGCAGAAGAACGUCAUCAAUGGUUGAACACCUAUCAUUUGUCAAUCAAGGAGAACAUCAUCGACGCUCAGAACAAACAGAUCAAGUACGUCGAGAAAGGCAGAACAGCACAUGAGUAUAAAGUUGGAGAACGAGUGUUGGUCACGCGCAAGUCAUUCCCAUCAAGCUAUGAGAGACAGUUGGAGACAUCGAGCAAGCUGCUAGCAAACUACUAUGGUCCAUUCAAGGUUGCGCGCAUCAUCAACAAGUCAUUGGUCGAAGUCGACCUACCAGAGUCAGCCAAGCGUAUCAGAACAUUCAAUGUCAGUGACAUCAAACUAUACAUUGAGAACGCUGAUGACCUUUUCAAGAAGGAGGAGAGACCAAACUCUGAGCCAGACGGCGAGAUCAUAGAUGGAGAGCUCGAACACGAGGUGGAAAGGAUCAUCAACCACCGCACCAAGAGGAACAAGAGUGUCGAGUAUUUGGUCAAGUGGUUUGGAUACGAUGAAGCCAAUGCAACAUGGGAAACAUCAGAUAAUCUCACUCAUUGUGUAGACAUCCUUCAAGCCUACAAUCUCAAGAACAUCAUCAAUCAAUCAACAGACGAACCUUCCAAGUCCAAGUCCAAGACUAAGUCCAAGUCAAGCAAGUCUACCUCUAAGAAGAAG